AUGUGGACUGGAAAGAGAAAGAAGAAUUUUGGACUAGGUAUAAAAUUCGCGACUCUAUAGUAUGAUUUAAUAUGUGUGCCACUUUUAUUACAGGAUGUUAAAGUGCCUAUGACACGAAAUUUCACCCCAAAGGUUUAUGGUUGCAUUGUAAAGGUCACUUAAAUGACUUAAUAAUUUCUUUUAUAGAAUUUUGGUAACUUGCUCCCUUUUCAAGAUAUUCAACUUUGUUUCAUAUGCAAAUAUCACCGGUGUGACAUCACAUCACAUAAUGACUUUUCAGAAAAGUAUAGUUUUCUUGACGAAUACGUAUCUAAAAAACUUAAAACUUGCCCUUGUAUAUGUAUUGAUUUCAUGACUGGUAAUUAAUCCUCUGUAUUUGUUUGUAAAAAUAUUUUAUCAAGGUAAAAUAUUGCGUUUUCAAAAUGUCAUUAUGCGAUGUGAUGUCACACCGGUGAUAUUUGCAUAUGAAACAAAGUUGAAUAUCUUGCAAAGGAAGCAAGUUACGAAAAUUCUAUAAAAGAAAUUGCUAAGUCAUUUUAAGUGAUCUUUACAAUGCAAUCAUAAACAUUUGGGGUGAAAUUUCGUGUCAUAGGCACUUUAAAUGUCUGUUUAUUUUGUAUUUGCAUGCAGUUGAAUGUUAAAAUGUCUAUUAAUUUUUUUAUUCGCAUGCAGUUAGUAAAUUAACCUUUUUUCGGUUCACAUAGGAAAACGUGCUGGUGAGCAAAAGUUUUAUUCUCCAAAGAAAGGACUGAAGGUGAAAGGAUGUGUGCUGAUAAGGAGGACACUAUUCAAUAAAGAAGUUUUUGACAUUGUGGAUAAAGGUAAUAUACAAAACAUAUCAAGUUACUGUAUUUAUAGCUCUUUUAGCUCCCCCCCCCCUCACCCACAUGUGAGGAAAUCGGAUAGUUAAAAGAGAAUUAAAAAGUGUAUAACAUGUCGUAUAUAUUUCCUUCUAGCUACGAAUGCAGAAAGUCGAAUUAAUUAAAUCGACGAGGCAAAUGAAAGUGCUUGUAUCCUUGUUUUCAUUUUUACACUGGAAUUUUAUAUUAAUGUCGACAGACUGUUUAAAUAAAAUCAGCACCGCUUCAGUUGGUGUUCAAGUAGAUGUUCUCAUUGAAAGUAAGUUGGUAUACAGUAGAAUGUUGCAUGCAUGAUUAUAGUAUCUCUUUCAGUCAAAAACCGUGUAUAACUAGAUAUUUUUCAAUCAAUCAUUAUCUUCAAAUAGAAAGACAAGCAGAAACCACGACAACUGACUGCCCAAGCAAGAUCAGAACAUCCACAUCCAUUGGUAUUCAAGUUAAGUGUCUAUGACAUUUUCGAUAUAUUGAAGGAUCUGUGUAUAAAACAACCUGGCAAAAUUUCAUGUUAA